CUUCUAAAUUCUUGGGCUGAAUAUUUCCUCUACUUGAAACAUGGCUUUCUCUUCUUCUUGUUUUUGCCACUUUCCAAUUUCACUCAAGGUCACGGCUUGGAGCCAUAAUUCAGCUAUUGAUGUCUGCAUCAGGCUGCAGAGGAACCAAGCUGCCCCUUUUUCCAAUGGACCAAAGAGCUUUGCUCUUUCAAGGCAACAAUAUUUUCUAGGAGGAUCAAGAGUUAUUAUAAGUUCAAAUCUUCCAAAAACUCUUUUUCAAAGAAGGAGCUCAAGGGUGUCUGCUUCAUGGUUAGCAAGUUCUAAAAUUGUUAAUAGUGUAUUCCCAUUGGGAACAAUAGCAGUUCUUCCCUUCUAUGUCUUCAUGGUUGUGGCACCUAAAGCUAAACUUACCCAAAAAGUGAUGGAGAGCAACAUUCCUUAUAUUGUGCUUGGACUUUUGUACUCACAUCUCUUAUACCUUUCUUGGACACCAAAUACAUUGCAGCUAUUAUUUCCUGCUAAUACAUCUAGGAUUCCAGAGCUGGCUGGUAUAGCUAAGAUGUUUUCCAGGGAGAUGACAUUAGCUUCUGCAUGGAUUCACCUCUUGACUAUAGAUCUUUUUGCUGCUAGGCAAGUUUAUCGUGAUGGAUUGCAGAAUGAUAUAGAAACACGUCAUUCUGUGCCACUGAUGCUGUUGUGUUGCCCCAUUGGACUUAUUUCUCAUUUUAUCACCAAAAAGUUCAAAUCAUCAAUAGUUCAAAAAAGACUUAAUUCGUCGGCGGAUCGCAAAAUCUUGAUGGAUAAAUAAUUUAUCAAUAACUAUAGAAUUAUUGUAAUUUAAUUUUGUGUUCAGCAGAUGAUCUGCGAGUUUAACUAUAAAUAAUUUAUUA